AUGGUCUACAAUGGACAUAUCUGGCACUCUUCGUUUUACCCCCUGUCUUCUUUGACCCGGCUUUUGGUGCGGAAUCCUAUGGCGGGCCGACUGAUGCUGCAGCAUGGGCUGAAAGUACCCGCACUACAGGAGGCUUUCAGCACAUGGAAGGAGAUCAUGGAUGCAGCGGAA